AUGAUCAAACUUCCUAGUUCCUCUUCACCUUUUGUCAGAUAGAGAAAAACAAGGAAAUUGAAUCUUCUCCUAAAGACUCUCUCUCUCUCAAUCCCAUUUCUUUCUCUCUCCCAUUGGAUUCAAACAACCGCAACUCCCUCUCCUUCAAACACUUGUCUCACAAUCAUGAUCUCAAAAACUUCAACUUUCAUGUGCAACUCAAGCAUUGUUGGGUUAUCUUCUUGUAGUAAGCAUAAAGGUUCUUUGAGGUGCAUUGUUUAGGUCCUACCAAGAAAUCAGUUGAUCACAGUCCCAUCAGUGUUGUCAUGGCAACAAGUAACGGUUCAAGUUCCACGGUGUCUGACAUUGAUGAUAACCCCACCAUUGCUGGAGGUGUUAGGGAUGUUUACGGCGAGGAUAGGGCCACUGAGGAUCAGUUUGUUACUCCUUGGAGUGUUUCUGUUUCCAGUGGAUAUACUUUGUUGAGAGAUCCACAUUUUAAUAAAGGACUAGCCUUCACUGAGACAGAGAGGGAUGCACACUACUUGCGUGGUCUUCUUCCCCCAACUGUUAUUUCACAAGAAACUCAGGUGAAGAAAAUGAUCCAAAACAUAAGACAGUACCAAGUUCCAUUGCAGAAGUACAUGGCAAUGAUGGAUCUUCAGGAGAGAAAUGAAAGGCUGUUUUACAGGCUUUUAAUCGAUCAUGUUGAGGAGUUACUACCGUUUGUUUAUACUCCAACUGUUGGUGAAGCUUGCCAGAAAUAUGGAUCCAUCUUCAUGCAUCCUCAGGGUCUUUACAUAAGCUUGAAAGAGAAAGGAAGGAUUCUUCAAGUGCUUAGGAAUUGGCCUGAGAAGAACAUUCAAGUCAUUGUUGUAACUGACGGAGAGCGGAUCUUGGGUCUUGGGGAUCUUGGCUGUCAAGGGAUGGGAAUACCAGUAGGAAAACUUUCUUUAUACACUGCACUUGGUGGAGUCCGCCCUUCUUCCUGCUUGCCUAUUACCAUUGAUGUUGGUACAAACAAUGAGAAGUUGUUGAAUGACGAAUUAUACAUAGGGCUCAAACAUAAACGAGUAACUGGGAAGGAAUAUGCUGAACUUAUUGAUGAAUUCAUGACAGCAUGCAAGCAAAAUUAUGGAGAAAAACUCCUCAUCCAGUUUGAAGACUUUGCAAACCACAAUGCUUUUGAUCUACUUGAAAAAUAUAGGACAACGCAUCUUGUUUUUAAUGAUGAUAUUCAGGGAACUGCAUCAGUGGUCCUUGCAGGACUUGUUUCGGCUCUGAAAUUGGUUGGGGGAAGCUUGGACGAGCAUCGUUUCUUAUUCCUUGGUGCUGGAGAGGCAGGCACUGGAAUCGCAGAACUCAUAGCACUCGAAAUAUCAAAACGGACAAAUUCCCAGCUGGAGGAAGUGCGCAAGAAUAUUUGGUUGGUGGACUCGAAGGGCUUGAUUGUGAGUUCUCGCAAAGAAUCACUCCAACAUUUUAAGAAGCCCUGGGCUCAUGACCACGAACCUGUUACGGAACUUGUAGAUGCUGUAAAUCAAAUUAAGCCAACAGUGUUGAUCGGAACAUCAGGGCAAGGGAGAACUUUUACGCAAGAUGUCAUUAAAGCGAUGGCCUCAAUUAAUGAGAAACCAAUUAUUCUUUCACUAUCCAACCCAACAUCUCAGUCAGAAUGUACUGCCGAAGAAGCUUAUACAUGGACCGAGGGACGAGCCAUUUUUGCUAGCGGUAGCCCAUUUGCCCCAGUUGAAUAUGAUGGAAAAGUGUUUGUGCCUGGCCAGUCUAAUAACGCGUACAUCUUUCCUGGAUUUGGUCUCGGUUUAAUAAUGUCUGGUACAAUCCGAGUGCACGAUGACCUGCUUCUGGCAGCUUCGGAGGCUUUGGCUUCACAGGUGACGCAGGAAGACUAUGACAGGGGACUCAUAUAUCCACCAUUCACUAGCAUCAGAAAGAUUUCGGCACACAUAGCUGCCAAAGUGGCUAGUAAGGCCUAUGAGCUUGGUUUGGCGACUCGCCUUCCUCGACCAAAAGAUUUGUUGAGUUUUGCGGAGAGCUGUAUGUAUACCCCAACUUACAGAAGCUACCGGUGAUGGGACAAUAGUCCUUUUUUGUUCAAUUUUUUUAGGUUUUAUUUCAUGAGAACUACAUCUUUUUUUUAUGUACCUUUUGUGCUUUAGUAAGUUUUUCUAUUCUUAUGGGUGAAAUUAGGAAACUGGUAAUAGUAGUGGUAGCAGAACUUUAGUAUAGUUUGAGAUAUUUUCUUUUCUGCUAUUAUAUUUAGGUUACAACAAAAAACUAGAAAAUGAAAAGUAGUUGAAAGCAUCUAAAAGCAUAAAUAAUGCUUGCACAUUUAAAAAAAUGUAAAGGUAUUGGUUGUUUCAACUUUCAAGUGAAUACUAACAAAUCAACAAUUAACAUACUAA